AUGUUCGUCCCCCGAGCAGCUGGCGUGAUUUGCAGGACCAUUGCCGGAGAAAGACCGCAAGUUUCUGCACCGCCUGCCGGCAGUAACGGCACACAGCCCAGCGUCGUGCCGACACCAUCAAAGAAUACAGUCUGCGCCCCGGAGGACUUCAAGCUCUCACCAGGCGAGCUUAGCCCAGUCAACCGGGUGGGCCUCAACUUGCCGGACGACGUGUUCCGCUGCUUCGGCUGCACACAGCCCGCUUGCCAGGGCCCGGAAGGCUGUGCCGCCAACAAGUGGCGCUUCGGGCCGGACGGCUACCUUCGGGAGAUCCUGACGGCACGAGUGUACGAUGUCGCGAUCCAGUCCCCCCUGGAGAAGGCGCAAAAGCUGAGUGAGGCGGUUGGCAACACCGUUCUACUCAAGAGAGAGGACCUGCAGCCCGUGUUCUCGUUUAAAUUGAGGGGCGCCUACAACAAGAUGGCCAAGUUGCCUCCGGAGGCCCGGGCCCGGGGGGUCAUCACCAGCUCGGCGGGAAACCACGCACAAGGGGUGGCACUGGCGGCGUCGAAAAUGGUAAAUGUGUUGUACGGCGCGUACGGCGACUUAGGCUGCACCUCCGUCAUCUGCAUGCCGGUCAACACACCGGAGAUCAAGGUGGCCAAUGUCCGCAAGCUGGGCGGUCAGGUGGUGCUGGUGGGGGAGAGUUACCAGGAGGCGCAGGCGGCGGCGGUGGCGCGGGCGGCGGCUGAGGGACUCACCUUCAUUCCGCCGUACGACGAUCCGUACACGAUUGCCGGACAGGGCACCAUUGGAGAUGAGAUCAUGCGGCAGGCACCCGACCCGGACAAGCUGGACGCCAUCUUCGUGCCAGUGGGCGGAGGGGGCCUUAUUGCGGGUAUUGCCGCAUUCACGAAGGCUCUGAAACCAGGAAUUAAGCAGCUGAUUCGUUUUGCUUUCUGCAUCAUACCCAAUCGUCCUUCCCCCAAUUUUCGCGCUAUUUUGUUGGUGGGCUAUCGAACGUUUGGAUUGGUUGGGAUGGUCGGGCCAGAGAUUAUCGGUGUGGAACCCGAAGGGGCCAACGCCAUGGCUGCGAGCCUGGCCCGGGGGGAGCGGGUGGUGCUGUCCAGGGUGGAUGCGUUCGCGGAUGGAGUGGCGGUGAAACAGGUUGGUCAGGAGACCUUCCGCCUGUGUCGUGGACUGGUGGACGGUGUCGUACUGGUGUCCAAUGCCGCAGUCUCCGCCGCCAUCAAGGACGUCUUCAACGAAACCAGAUCCAUUUUGGAGCCUGCGGGGGCGCUGGCGGUGGCGGGGGCUAAGGCCUGGCUCAAGGAGUACGGCAUGAAGGGUGAGGGGGCGGAAUUCAUUUCCACGGCGCUCUCCGCGGAUCCGGAUCUGUCAGUUACGGAAUUUAAAUACCGCUACUCGGCUGGAUCCGAGGCGCAGGUGCUGUGGGGUGUGGGUAUUCGCUCCUCCGACCAGCUCAGUGCACUGCUGGAGAGACUGAAAGGCGCCAAGAUGAACUCCACAGACAUCAGCGAGCUGGAGGUGGCGCAGGUUCACCUGCGCCAUCUGGCCGGUGGUCGCGCCCGCUCGUACACGGGGCACAUUGAGGACGAGAAGAUCCUUCAGGUGGUGUUCCCGGAGCGCCCGGGGGCUCUGAGGCGCUUCCUGGACGUGGUGUCGCCCGCGUGGAACGUGACCCUGUUUCACUACCGCAACUCGGGGAACAGGGAGUCGAGUGUGCUGCUGGGGGUGCAGGUCCCAAGCUACGACGAGGAACGAUUCCAGGCGGCCCUUUCAUCUCUCCGGGGGGCUGGGGAGGAGGGCUUUGCGUUCAAGGAGCUGCCGAGGGAGGUGCGGAAGGUGUUUGACCAGUUCAUCCAGUGA